GCCACCCUGUGGCCCAGCUGUUUGGUGGAACGCAAACAAAUUCAUUAAUUUCAAUUUCACCGGUUAAAGUGCUUGCAUUAACUUAAGUAUUAACUAAACUUAAGUGCUAAUCGAUAAUAGGCAGUAAAGACGUAUAGGGCUCACACUAAGCAAUACGAUCUGGUCGCGCCGAGUGGGGAAGACUUGAAAAUGGAAAAACAACAGCACCUCUUGCCGCUCCCGGAAUUGCACGACGACAAGCACAGGCACAAACAGUCCAAUGGCGAGAACAGCAAUCGCUUCCGGCCGCCCAAGUACAAGACGCGCGGCUACGUCGCCGUGGACAACAACAACCUGAACCGGAGCCAAUCGCUGGGCUCCUGCAGCGCCAACAGUUCCCAGAUCGCCCACGCCAUCUCCUUCCGGGACGCAGGAUGUCCGGAUGCCAGCACUCUGCCCUCGUCCCCGGUCCAGGCGGAGCUGAGCAGCCUGUCGCUGUCGCACUUCGAGAGCUGCUUCGAGCGGCUGGCCAAACUGGGCGAGGGAUCCUUCGGCGAGGUCUUCCAGGUGCGCGAUCGCACCGACGGCCGGCUGUACGCCGUGAAGAUCUCCAAGCAGCUGUUCCGCGGUGAACAGUACCGCGCCGAGCGACUGGAGGAGGUCCGACGAUACGAGGAGUUCUCCGGCCACGAGAACUGCAUCCGGUUCAUCCGCGCCUGGGAGCAGUACGACCGGCUGUACAUGCAGAUGGAGCUGUGCCGCGAGAGCCUGGAGCAGUACUUGCUGCGCUGCCAAAGAAUUCCCGAGGAGCGCAUCUGGCACAUCCUGCUGGAUCUGCUCAGGGGCCUGAAGUCGCUGCACGACCGGAAUCUCAUCCACCUGGACAUCAAGUUGGACAACGUGCUGAUUGGCGAGGAUGACGAGACGUGCAAGCUGGCGGACUUUGGCCUGGUAAUCGAUGUGGACAGGGCCAAUAGCCACCACGCCACGGAGGGAGACUCCAGGUACAUGGCUCCCGAGAUCCUGCAGGGCCACUUCUCCAAGGCAGCGGAUAUCUUCAGCCUGGGCAUCGCCAUGCUGGAGCUGGCCUGCUACAUGGACCUGCCUUCGAAUGGGCCGCUUUGGCACGAACUAAGACAUGGCAUACUGCCCGAGGAGUUCAUAAACAAAAUAUCCCUGGAGCUACAGUCGGUGAUUAAGUCCAUGAUGAUGCCUGAUCCUGCGCAAAGGCCCACAGCGGAUCAACUACUCUCCCAUCCCAAGCUGCAGCACCUGCAACAGAAGCGCAAGUCGCUAAUGAAUCUCAGUAUGCUGUCGCGAAGUUUGAGGCGAUCACGACGCGCCGUCUGGGGAAGAAUGUGCAAUUGGAAAACGGCCGCCUUUCGUUAUCUCCUCUACUUCCUGGAAGUCCUGCAUCUUUGCAAGCCCAUCGCUCCCUCGCAGCCCAGGAUCAACAUUGUUCCCACCUCGCCCUCGACCAAAGGAGUGCCUCCAGUGCCCCGGGUGGAGAUGCAGCUGGUUGGAUCCACACCAAUUGCCAAUCGCGACUGUUACGCUUCCGAUUUUCUUUCCGGCGACGACGCACUGGACCUGUCCAAUCAGGGUUCACCCGAUGUAAUGAAUUCCACACCACUGAACACCAACCAGGGAAAAUCUCGAAUGGAUUUACUAAAAAAUAACGUGGACUCGCUGGGCAGGUUCGUCCAGGUGCACGACUUCGAAAGUCCCUGCUCCGCUUUGUCUUCCGCGAAGGUCCUCGACACUUCCUCGUUCCGGCGCAAAAAGCUCUUCGUCCUGGAAUUCGACGACGAGUGAAUGCGGAAGCAACGAAAAAUUGAAACUCAUUGAAUUUAUGAUACAAACAAUAUCAGUUACGAAACACAUACCAGAUACAUAUGGCAACAGAAUAUAUCGUUAAUUGUAUUUAGCUUAGUUGUAGACCGUAGAG